AUGCGGAGCGCAUGCGCACAAGCUUCUUUCGCGCAGAAAGAGGGCAGUCGCGAAGCAAUUCUUGCAGCUCCCCGUGAUUGGCUCGGAAACUGGCCAACCAGUGGCAACGAUUGCUCAGCUCCUUCCGAAAUGCAUGAAUGGCCUAGUGACGUUAGCGGAACUAUUCAAGGGAGGGAGGGAGCAUCCGCAUACCCACUUCCGGCGGGAAGGUGAUCGGAGCCGGACCGGGCAUGUGCGGAGGAGUGGAGCGCGCGGAGCUUCAGUUUGAGGUGAUUGUUUAGGAUGCCGCCGAAAAUAUUUUCUGAGCGGGUGUAAUGCUGGGAUAGCAGAAUGUGAACGGCAUUACGAACCUUCAAAUAUAUAGGGUUGCCUUGGCGCACGCUGGAUUUCUGGGUGUACCUACUCAGAAGUAAGUCCCCUGGAUUCCAGCUAAGAGUUACUCCUAGGUAAACCUGUAUGCCAGGCAUGGCUAAACUUGGCCCUCCAGAUGUUUGGGGACUACAAUUCCCAUCAUCCCUGACCACUGGUCCUGCUAGGUAGGGAUGAUGGGAGUUGUAGUCCGAAAACAUCUGGAGGGCCAAGUUUGGCCAGGCCUGCUGUAUCCUAUAGGUUUGUAGCCUCCAUCUGGUUGAAACUAAUGGGUUUAAGUGCACUUAGCUGUCUUUUCCUGUGGCUGCUGUGAGGAAGACACUUGAACGAAUGUGUGUGGAGCUGGAAGAUGGGUGUUAAAAGUGCACAAGGCAGUGAAUGUUGAUUCCAUAGAGCAGCCUUUCUCAAUCUGUGGGUCCUCAGAUGUUGUUGAUCUACAACUCCCACCACCCCUAGCUAGCAAGGCCACAGCUCAGGGAUGAUGGGAGUUGUAGUCUAACAACAUCUGGGGACCCACAGGUUGAGAACCGCUGCCAUGGAGAAACAGAUAGCUCCCUCUUUUUCCUGCUUCUCCUUUUAUAAAAAAGGCAACUGAUUUCCUUGUCUGGAGUUAAAAGAUCAUAGGAAGCUGCUUUAUACCAAGCUAGAUCAGCGGUCCAUCUGUUUUAGAAUUUUCUGCAGCUCUCUUAGGGUUUCAAACAGGAAAGCCUACCUGGAGAUUGAAUCUGGGACAGUCUGCACAGUGCUCCACAACUGAGCUAUGGCUCUUCGGUUUCUCUUCCCCAGUGGUGUAGAUGGCGAAAGGGAGGUGUCCUGAUAAAGGACAACACAGGGGUGAGAAGACUGACCUGGGGGGAAAAACCCCUUAAAAGAGUUAUCUGAAGUCUUCAAAAAAGUUCUAUAUGACAUGUAGCUUUUGUGCAGCUUAGAGAACAAUUCCAUAUGAUGCUGUAGCUGAUCAUUGGUGGAGGAAAGUUGUCAAACUUCUUAUUUCUUAAAGCACUUUAACUAUGUGGAAACCAGUUUUAAUAUUCUCAAACCUAUGUUUUCUUCCAGAACCUGUGGGCUUCAAAGCAUAGUAGCAAGUAACUGCAUACUUGACAAAAGGAAAGGUAACUUAAUAUUUCUAUAAAACCAAUCUUCUUAUUUCAUAGAUAUUUCUGGCCCGAGGCCCAAUUGCUCCUAGUCCUCUUUUUAGGAAUGCAAAUUGUGUUUAUUGAAUUUGGCCACCAGCAAUAAAAUUAGUUAUAUAUAAAGUUAUUUUGAAUCAAGGUAGUAAUGCAGAUGGAGCUCAUUUGAAAGCUUUACUGAAAUUAGUGGCACCCAUGUACUGUAAUUAAAGAUGGGCAUAUCAAAAGGUUUUCUGGUCACAGAAAAUUUCUGCGAGAUUUUCACAUGAGUUCAUUUACAAGUCUUGUACAUGCUGUUUCCACAUUAAUAUUUGGGUUUUUAAAAAUGCAUUUUGAAUGUAUUUUCUCAUAUGAAUUUCUAAACAUUUUAUUUCAAAAUAUUGAGUUUUUAAUAAAUGUCUGAUGUAAAGUGCAUAAGCUAUUUUCCCCAGUUAAGAAGACUUUUGCAUUAUGCUUUGAUAUUGGAUAAUGACUUUGUUGCUGAUGUAAGCGAAGGACCUAUGAGGGUGAAAGGAGAAAAGGCUGAUAAUUCUAUUGGUUCUUCAGUGUUAUUUGUUGUUAAAAUAUCAAUGCAUGGAGCUAUGAUAGAGGGCAGGGUUAUUGAACUGAGGAACUCUGAUGCUCCUCCUUAAAUCCAUACACUGAGUUUUCCAAUAAGUUCUGCAUAUGACACAAACUUAUCCCUCCCUUUGAAGCAUCCCACAGCUUUGUCCCACCCCAGCUCUUCCUUUUAUGUCCAGCCUUUUAUUUCUCAGUAUCUAUCACAUUCAUUUCUCCAACUGGCAUUUUAAGUUGCCUAAAGUCUCUUAAUUUUCACAGUACAAUCCUAUUCAUCAGGCCUCGGGAGCUUGUUUUAGUUUUAGGGUUGCAUUCCCUUAUGAGGAGACUUCCAGGGGCUGUAUGCAAGUGGAGGGCAGAGUCAGGGCAAAAGAGGGUGGAGCAGUGGAUUGUAGCCACCCGAAAACCAGCCAUUUCUACAAUACCCCUCCUCCUCUUCUAGGAAGUAAAUGACAUUAUUACAGUUCAGCGACACAUUCCAGGUACACUCAAGCAGGGCAUGAAGGAGGGCUAGUGAGGGGGUGUGGCAUUGCAUAGGAAGGGUCCUGUCGGUCAGAAGAAACACUCAGAAGGCUGCCUUUUGGCCAUGGUUCCCCCACUCCUCAUUUAAAUCUUUACCCUGAAGAAAGUCCCAUUGAGUUUACUUCUAGGUAAAGAGGUACAGAACGGCACCUUUAGACAGCUUCAUCAAUUCUCCCUUGCUCUAUUACGAGACUAGAAUGCAUGUUUUUACUGACAUACAAAGUGAGCAGUAUACAUAUUAAUGGUAUUUUAAGAUAGUUAAGAUUAGGAGCAGCUUCAGCUUGCUAAUACUGAAUUAUCUUCUGUUUUCUCUGUAUAAUUGCAGAUAACAGCCGAACAUCACAUUUCCAAUUACUAACUUCUAAAAUAUGCAUCUAUUUAAUAUUAUUAGAAGAUCUGUCUUCCAAUUAG